AUGGAGGCAUCCCGCUUGUACACCUGGCUCUUUACCGUUCUUAUCGGAGCGGUCGCCGUCACUUUGGGAUUCAUUACACUACAACGUCCGCUGGUACCACUCAUCGACGACGAAGUAGUAUACUGCUACGAAGGGAUCAGGACGCAUGAUGAAGCCUUGCCCACCGCCAGCUGCUUUGGCGUUCGAGAGGGCAAGUUCAGUCGCGUCAUGGCCAAGGGCGGUGAGGGUGAGGAUGAAUCUCUGGCAAGUCAGCGCAGUGAUGGGUAUGUCAUCCCCGGACUCUGGGAUGGCCACGGACACCUAAUGCAGUACGGAGAGUUUCUGCAUUCGGUAGAUCUGUUCGGGACCAAGAGCUUUGAGGAGGUGAGGCAAAGGUUGGCGGAGUAUUUGGAGGCUAACCCUGGUGCCGGCUCGAAGGAUGAGUGGGUCAGGGGUGUGGGAUGGGAUCAGAUGGCCCUCGGAAGGAUGCCAACGGCGGAUGACCUCAAGGCAGAUUCGGUCUUAAGUAGGAUCUACAUAAUGUUCGAUCGGGUCGACGUCCAUUGUACAUGGGUAUCUCAAGCUGUGUUGGAUCUUCUACCGGAAGAUAUCGAAGACGUCCCGGGAGGCGAGAUUAUCAGAGAGCCUGGAAUGGGAGUGUUCUGCGACAAUGCCAUGGAGAUGGUUUAUGGCCUAUUCCCAGAGCCAGGCAGGAAGAAGAAACAAGAGUUCAUCCGCACCGCAAUGCGUAACCUGAACAAGGUCGGACUUGUGGGGAUGCAUAACGCUGGGGAAUAUCCAAAGACCCUCGAAAUCUUCGAGGAGAUGGCGGACGAGGACGAAUGGACGGUCCGCAUAUACUCGAUGGCCGAAUGCCCGGAGCGCAACACUUUCUGUCCCGACAUGGUUAAGAAGGUUGAUAGACCUGAUGGGCGACUUACUGUGAGAAGUAUAAAGCUGUUUGCAGAUGGCGCGCUGGGAAGCUGGGGCAGUGCGAUGAUCGAGCCAUACAGUGACCGACCCGAUACGUCCGGAUCGCUGCUUGUCAAUAAAUCUACGUUGAUAAACGUGGCCAAAUCAUGGGCGACCGAGGGCUUCCAGGUCAAUAUCCAUGCUAUCGGAGAUCUAGCGAAUAGAUAUGCCGUUGAUGCCCUCGAGGACUCUCUCAAGGCCCUUUGCCCAAACGCAGUUCAUCUCGAAGACUGUCAGGAGAGCAAUCGUUUCCGUAUCGAACAUGCUCAGAUUAUACACCCGGACGACCAGGCAAGAAUACGUUCUAUAGGGUUAAUACCUUCUAUUCAGCCAACACAUGCGACUUCCGAUAUGAAGUAUGCCGAGGAGAGACUAGGUCCAGAGCGCACAUCGACGGAAGCGUACCGAAUGCGGUCGCUCCUGGAUUUAAAUCCCAUACUGGGAAGCGACUUUCCCGUUGAGCCGCCCAGCCCAUUCCAGGGUAUUUUCGCCGCCGUCACCAGACGGAGUCCCCAUACCGGGUUGGGGGUAGGGGGAAGCCCAGACGGAUGGCAAAUAAACGAGACGCUGACGGUGGACCAAGCUCUUCGUGGGUUUACCCUUGGAGUGGCGUACGGGGGGUUCAUGGAAGGAAAGGCGGGACUUAUCAAGGCAGGGGCUUUCGCCGAUUGGGUGGUUAUGGACAAGCCCAUCGAGACUUUGGAUGUGGAUGAGCUCCGAGAUCUCAGGGUCAAAGAGACCUGGGUCGGAGGCAGGCUCGUUUACAGAAGGGGAGAUCGGUCUUGA